UUGGUCAUUCAUGACUUUUAUAUGGGAUUCAUAUUUAAGGAGAAAAUAUUCACCAAAAUAUUUUGUGUUCGGUCAAGAGGUUUCCCAGUGGGCGUGCGUAAAGCGGUCAGGCGUGAAAAUUAUUCAAGAAUUUUGCAACGAGGAUUAUGAUUGGUUGAACGCAAUAAGUCAGGUCACAUUCAUCGUCAUUCUUGUUCAUAAGUGAGUUGAAUAGAGUGUGUGGAAGUCCCGAUUCUAGAGCACGUCAGCAAAUAGGAAUUAUAAGUGAUAUUUUUAAGGAAUUAUAUACCUGUGUGUGAUACUUCGUUACGACAUCCAUAGCAAGGUUAUUAACAAGGACAAUAUUUUCUUACUUUAUUGGAGAAACAAACGUGAGAUCGACAGCCUUAUAUCAUCGAGAUUUCAUACGUCGGUUUAAAUGUGUGCAUGACAAGUGAACUGCGCUCACAUGGCACCGACGCACAACGUGAACUCGCCCAGCGGAGAAAUAUCGGAACGAGCUUUUGAAAUCAUUCAGUCCAUUCGUGCGGAAAGAGGUUUAGAACGGGACACUAUGUGUGACAAAUCUGCGAAACCUUGCCGCACGUUGCAAAGUGUAUUACGCGGUGAAGUUCCUUCCGCCUAUAUGCACUUGGCUGUGCCAGCGAACGAGUGUUAUUAUCAAAAUGCCGCGGGCAUUUUAUCGGUAGUGCGCAAAGGACAUCGAACUGCGGCCGGAUACAAACCUUAUCCAUGCGCGUCGCCUAACCGACAUAUUAUGCAUAAUACUUCAUUAGCCGGUCGUAGUGUGGACGACUUCAGAGACCCCUCACCGCAGCGUGUGCACCCGUAUCCCGAACAGUUAUUGCUAACACCUGACAGUGUUUAUGGCCAGGGAUCGACUUCUUGCCAGGACUCUGAUCUCUAUGCAGAACGUGACUCCCCUGUGAUGGAAAGCAGGUUCUGCACGUUCCAGGAAUCGGUUUCCCCCUUUUUAGAUUAUAGCGCAUCAUCCCCCUAUCAUCAUGUCGCCAGUUCACCCGCGCAUAGCGGAUACGGGUCGGGACGGGAAUCAUCAUCGUCGUACCACGGGUUCCUUAGACACUCAGUUUCACCGUACUCUCCAUACCAACGCACCCCGUCGCCACACAGUUCUAACAGCUCGCCAUUCAACGGAUCUCAAACAGCGGAUAUUGAAUUCACGCCUGUGAAAUACUCGUUCGACAGUCGGCAAGAUGAUGCCGACACCGACAAUGACCAGCCGAUGGAUCUCUCAAAGAAGUCGCCGAAACAGAACCCGCGUUCGGCGAGCAAUUGCAUAAUCGAUGCAGAUAUUGACCCCACUGAUAAGCAUGAACUAAACAGCGGAUCUCUCUUGCGUAAUCUACUUACAAAUUCUCACGAGCAGAGGCGCGUCGCUCAAGACGCUAGUUCAGGGCGUAGCACGCCAGACUCUGACGUAUAUAAACCGGAUAUUCAAAUAAGCGGGUGCACUCCAGUGACACUCGCUAAGAAAAUGGUGUAUCCCAUCACGUCGCGUGUUUCUGACUGGCUGCUGAAAAUAGUCCAGUUUGCGAAAACGAUUCCAGAGUUUGCCUCCAUGUCUCAGAACGAUAAAUGGACUUUGUUGGUGCAUGCUUGGGCACGGAUGUUGCUUUUGUUAAUGGCGGAGAACGAGCUCGAGUUCGCGGUGACACCUCUGACAUCGGGAGGUGCGCCCGGGGUCAGGGACUCGAGACUCAUGCAGCCUUCCCAAUGUAAAGACGAACCCACCAUGAAGUCCGUUGAGGGCGUCCAAAACUUCAUCCGAAAGUGCAAAAAUAUGUCCUUAGACCAGAAAGAAUACGCCUUGUUACGGAUGGCGGUCCUUUUCAAUACUGGUUCAACCGGUCUUGACGACCCAGGAUUGGUUGAAAAACUGAACUCGGCUGUCCAGGAACUUUUGCAACAGCACGCGCGAACCACAAGACCCGAUGACGUCAUGCAUUAUUCGCGACUUUUGAUGCUGUUUCCGGCAUUGUACGGAAUCAGUUGUCGAAUGGUGGAAAACCUGUUCUGUAAACAUAUAAAUCUCGAUAUGCAAGUCCUGUUGAAAGAAAUGCUGCAAAGUUUGUAGCGAACACUAACUAUAAGUGUAGGAGAUAUCAAUUUUUUUUAUAUUUUAAAGCAAUUUGAAUGACAGAAGUGAUGCGAAUGUUUUAUUUUGUUAAGUCUAUUUAAUGUGUAUUUGUAUCAGUGGCGGUUUAUUAACUUUGUCUUUUGAUGUUGUAAUACAGGUUUCCAAUUCAAUAAUGCAAUAUUGAUUAUUGAAAUAAAUGCUUAAUUCCGUAGUUUUAUUGCAAUGUCUGAUAGAAAUUUAUAAUACAACGCAAGUUGCAGAACACUUUGAUAGUGAGUGCAUGUUGAUAUUCUACAAUUUCUUCUCAGUAAUAAGUUACAUGUUUGUAAGCCUAUGGCCAGUUCAUUGUUUCUAAUUUUUAUAAAUUCCGUUUAAAAAAUGUUUUAUUUUUAUUUUUCAUUUUUUUGGUAGUUUGAUAUAUUGCAGUCGUUCCUAAAAACCAGACAGCCCUGACUGGUAGAAGAUUAUUCGGGCGACUAACUAGAAAUCAGAUCUUAAUUUAGUCUUGUUAUUUGAUUUAAAAAAAUAUUAUUUUUUAAAGAAUAAUUAAUCAUAUGGGUUGUUGAUUUAAAUUAACUUCUGUGAAGACUGUUAUUGUUGGUGUACUAUUUUCAAAUUGCUUUAUACUAGUUGAUAUUCAAUUUUGUGAAUGACCUUCAGAAAAUGAAAGUUGGCUCCUAUCCAAAUACCAUGAAUACGUGAUGAGAUUUUAGCGUGUUAUGCGAAUAGCCUAGCGGACGCUGACCCCAGUAGCUAAGACACAAUUUUAACAGUACGUUCGUAAUUAUUUGCCUCACUUUCUUUACUAAACGAGUUGAUUUCUUACACGUGGAUGUGUUUUUAAAACCAUGUAUAUCAUAUAGUCUAUUUUAAACAGUUCGAGACUUGCUUACGGGCAGUUCAUUGACUUUCGUGUAAUUUUACUGUGAAAGGCACGCAGAAAGUAUAUUAUUAAUUUUGUCGGACCGUUAGUUUCUGUGAGUGACACUGACAAUUUAUUAAAAUGUAUAUGAAUAUAUAUCUUGUUGAAUUGGUAUUUUUCUGUUUUAUGAAUGUUUGCUUGCAAUUCCGUGUAUUUAAGUAUUGUUAUUUGUAAAAUGAAAAUUAUUUUAAGCAUUAUCUUGCUGACAUGUGUAUUGUUUUAAAACUAGUGUAAGUAUUCCAUUGGGCAUUAUCAAAAGUUGUUUACAAGUUGAUAUUGUUGUUUUGUUGAAUUAUUUUAAUGUUGACUUAGAAUUUAGCUCUGUUUUUUGUAUCGUUUGUGUAAAUGUUUGAAUGACUGUGGCGCUUGUUAGAUAUGAUUAAGGGACCUUUUCAGUGACAUAGAUAUAAAAGGAAUUGAAUUGUGUGUAAAUAUGCGUUCUACCGCCGGUAUUUUAUUUAUUUUUUGUUAAUGAAUGUUAUUUGAAAUGUCAAUGAAUAAAUUCUUAAAAUAUG